UUCUUGUCCACAAUAUAAUACAAAUACCUCUAUACCUGAAAUACAGACCCCCAUUUGUAUGUUUCAUUUGUUCCAGGUAGUACAAUAUCCUAAAACAUCUAUGAAAUAUUGAAAUAUCCGGAGGAUCCGUAUGAUGGUAUUAUAAAUAUAUAUCUUGCCCAUUGGUCGAUCUCUCAUCUAAAGGUUAUACUCGUCUUUCAGCAAGACUUUUUGCGUUUGUCGUAUACUCCGUUGUGAAAGGGAUGGCGCUGAUGUCCGCGUGAAAUGCUGAGUCCUACACGCAGGUGGUGCUUGCGUAGGACCGUAAUGGCGUGUGACGGCUAGAAAAGGGAAACAACACGGGUGUUCGGAUCGUGAGUGUCGCGAGAAAACGAGCUUCCGCGAAAUGACGUCCACGGGAAUUUUGCCGACGUAUCAGCGUUUUGUAAACGGCGUCCCUGUACCACUGUUUUCGCGUCGUUCUUUUAGGCCACGCGAGAAGUAUCUCAUAUUUCUAGUGUUUUUGACGUUUGGUAUCGUGUGUUUUGGCGCAUUCUUUUUCCUGCCAGAUUUUCGUAAUGGUACCGGAGGCGCGGCAGUGAACAGUGUUUACAGGGUGUACCAAUAUAUGCAAAAAGCGGGCCCGGAAUUGCUGAUACCGGCGCCGCCGCAUGCUCUGGGACGUAAGGAACUUGGUGGCCAUCCAAACGCCAUCCCCGUCGGUCUACAUCGCCACGGUUAUGCAGUUACCCGCUACAAUCAUCCUAACGAUGAUUCGCAAAGACUUCAGGCGAAAAUCAACGAGGAAUAUCAACAUCAAAAAACUCUGGAGAAACCGGAUAUAGCUGGUGAUUCGCGAGUGCAAAUGAGCAGUUCCUCGUCUUUAGUGGUUAACGCAAGAAUCGAAGAAACCCUGAUAACCGUGCCACCAGCACCUGGUGAAAAGCUUCCAAAAAUCGUAGGUGGAGAAGACAAGGACCCGAUCACACGGCAACGUCGCGACAAAGUGAAAGAGCUCACACUGGUGGGAUUAAACACUGUCGUCUCGAUUGCCGCAGGAUCUGAACGUUCUCGAGGUGUCGAGGCCCGAUUCGUGUCGCUCGAUGGGAAAGCCAAGUUAAGUCUCGCCCCCUUGUGUGCGUCGGAAAAAAGGCGAUCACGCUGCUUCCGACUUGAUAGACAAACCGAUCUUUGUUUUACGAGGGACGGCGUCGUUGCUUUAUCACGCAGUCGAGUCGGAAACAAGUAAAUCAAAGGAGAUAGAUAUACGACGUGACGAUACAGUCUUCGCGGAUUUAUAUUCUUCCUUAGGCACGCUCGUAUUUUUCGUAUUUUUCCCUUAUAUUUUUUUUUUUCGAUUUUAUUGUUCUACGAACAAACUCGAAUAUCGAGCCGAAAUACAAUUCUUUUUAUUUUUUUCAGAUUUUUUAAUGCACUUAUAGAUGUUUGUAUGUUGCCAAUAAAUCUUAUUCCGAUCAUAGUA